CAUAAUAAUAAUAAUAAUAAUAGAAGCCAUGAUGGCAAAAACAAAAGAGUUUAAAAUGAUCAGAUACAACUUAACAAACGCUAGCUUAGCUAGUUCUUCCUGAUCGUUGUCCGCCGUGUUUGUUAACACUAAAGUCACAAUGUUGAUCGCGAGAGAUUGGCGAAAUUUUCAGUGAUGAAAAUCGGAACUGGUUUUCUGUGAAAUCGGAAUCGGUAGUGUGUGUGCUGUGCUCUUUUGGCAAAAUCGUUUCCUUCAGCACACAAAACCAACAUGUAUAUUAACUAUCAUUAGGUAGGCCUAUGUGGUCUCCCACGUUUUCUAAAUUUGAAAAAUCAUCUCGAUGUGUACCCAGCAUAAACAACAGAAUACGUAGUUUUUCAAUGACUCGAAACAACCUAUUUGACCGUUCGCUGGUCCAGCGUCCCCAAAGAAACAGCAAAACGUCUAGUAUGCGGACAAUGGCUGUCUGCCAAAACGAAGAUGGAUGACAUUUGUUUCUCAUUCAUAUUCCCUUUUAAUAUUUUAAGAUAGUUUCGACAUUCAAAUGCGCUUUCUUAUAAUUUCUAGUGAUAAAUGUGAAUUUUAUUUCAGUAAAAUACAAUCCAUGAAUGUAUUUGAGGUUUAGUGUGUUAGUUAAUCAGCAACGUUUCUCUGGUUGCCGCGGUGAUUCGUAUGAUAUGGAUGCUGGCAUUCCUGAAACUACGCAGCUUGCAUGUUGUUUUACUGUAUUGUGUGUAGUCAACUGAGCUGUGAUAUAAAGUCACUUUAUACAACAGAUAUAACAUAGUAACAAAAAUAACACUUAAUUAAAGUUUUAUUUUAUGUAACUGAGGAUAUUCUUGACAAAAUGAAUAAUUGGCUUGAGUUUUCCCACAAGGGCGGCCGACAGAAAGGGGAGACACUUUCAAAAAGGGCAGGCCUAUUUAUCAAGAUGACAAAGCUCGCAUUGUAAAGUACGACUAACGCACAAAUAUUUGAUCAAUGUUCUGGAACUACUUUCAAGAGACUGUAAGCCAGUGUGAGGCACAGAUACUCUAAAACUCUAAAUCUUGCUUUUUUCUUCCACUAUUUUCAGAUUCUUCCAUUAGUUAUGGGGUUCCGCACCUCAAUAAGAUGUGAAAAGUGCAGUACAAUGAUGUAGGCCUGCACAUUUGAAACACAUGCAAACAUAACGUUUCACUUUAAAUGUGGCUCAAUGCUUUUAAAAACAACGUGACAACGUGGGUGCAUGGCGUGUUCAGGCAUGUGCAGAGCAUAACGCCCAUCACAUUGCACACAUGCUUGGCAUGGGACAGACCUUCCCUUUCACCUUGCUUCAUCACAUUGGCAUAGGUGCUCUUCCAUCUGCUCACCCACAGCGACUGGGAAAAUGUGGGUUUAUCUGGAAGUCAGCCGACCACACCGCCCAGACCUGACCCUCGCCCAUCUGUGGUUUCACACCAUAGGAAAUUAUUUGAAAAGCCAUUAUCUCACCUCAUCUCAUCUUCAAACCGCUUAGGUAAUGCAGGGUCGCGGGGGCAGCUCCAGCAGCUGCUCUUAUACUAAUAAAUAUAAAAUAAUAAUAAUUAUUACUAUUAUCGUUAAUUGUCAUUUGCCACAAGGGGUAACAAAUACAAUACUUACUUUGCACACACACACACACACACACACACACACACACACACACACACACACACACACACACACACACACACACACACACACACACACACACACACACACACACACACACACACACACAAAUACAUACACACACACACUCACCACACGCAAACAUGCACACAGUCCCACAAUUUCCCACAGACCCGUACAAUUUACACAGACACAGACACAAACACACAAUUAUUGUGUGUUUUUGGUAUGUUGUGUUGUUGUAUGUUAAAGCAAAACAGUCCAACUCUUAAUAAUGAUUAAUAAUGAUAGUGAAAUAAAGUGUAAAAUAAUGCAAUGAUUUCCCUAUACACUGUUUUAUCCUUGAAGACUGCAGCAGAUAAGUUAGGUGUGUCACAGGUGUUUGUGUGAAUGGAUACACACGCACACACACUUGUGUAACCGUUUAGGUAACGCUCGUCGUAUUCGGGCUGAGAGCCGACCACCAACCACCAACCACCAGCAUGGCUGUAUUCACUUCCAGCUGUCUUGUGGAUUAGUUCUCUGAACCAUUCCCCGCUCUGAAUGGCUUACGUAACCAAUGAAUGUCAGCUUAAGGCGGGGCUAAAGGAGGAGAUAUAAGUGAGGUCAUUGUCGGGGCUAUAAUUCAGAAACUAGGGAGAACGAAGGGGUUUCAAACCCUUAACGCAGUCCAGCCAACCAAAGCAAUUGGUUGCCAUUAAACAGCCACGAAGACUCUGAAGACUCGAAAGAAACACAUUUUCAUAAACUUUCAAAAACCCGCUGGGAAUUUUCUUUUUGACGGGUCCCCCACCUCAGCCGCCCCUUCCUCCCGGCAAACACCUGGAAAUGGAGUAACUGUGUGCUCCAGCUCCACCAGCACCACCAGCACACUCCGACCCAAACAGCCUCCACCCGCACCGCCCUCUCAGAAUCAUGUCUCAGGACUCGGACCCCAAGCUGUACCACUUCCCCGGUCUGGAGGACCAGGACGGGGCCCGUGGCUGCAGAAGGGCCUCCCUGUGUGUCCCCACACCCCGAGGGCCCACCCGGCGAGGCUCCAACGCCCAGCUCCGCCGCAUGGGGAGCUACGGCCAGACGGGCCCCGACCUGGGGCGGGCCUCCGAGGGCAGCGACAGCAGCGGGUCCCUUCGGGGACCCCCGGCGGCGGCCCCCCCCUCCCCCCCGCGGGGACACCGCUCCCGCCAGCUGCCCGAGGAAGACGUGGAGAUGAAGAGCAGCGGGUCGAGCGGGAGCGGGACGGAGUCCCAUGGAGACGAGAGCCGUGGCAACCAGAGCCACGGCAACGGGUCGACAGGCAGCUCCAACGGCAACAGCAAGGACUCUGCUCUGUUGACGUCUUCCGGGAGCAACAAGAGCUCUACCUCUCACAGCCCGUCCAUUCCCAGCAGCUCCAACGCCUUCAGCCUGCUCAGCUCUGAGCAGGACAACCCCUCCACCAGUGGCUGCAGCAGUGAGGAGUCUGCCAAGGCCAAGACCCAGAAGGAGCUGCUGAAGACGCUGAAGGAGCUGAAGCUCCUGCUGCCGGCGGAGAAGAGGAGCAAGGGCAGCACCUCGUCCACCCUCAACACGCUCAAGUACGCCCUCCGCUGCGUCAAGCAGGUGGAAGCCAACGAGGAGUACUACCAGCUGCUGAGGACCAACGACGGCCAGCCCUCGGGUGUGGACGUGCCCUCCUACACCAUCGAGGAGAUCGACAGCAUCACAUCCGAGUACACUCUCAAGAACAACGACAUCUUUGCGGCGGCGGUGUCUCUGAACACGGGCCGCAUCGUCUACAUCUCGGACCAGGCGGCCUCCAUCCUCAACUGCAAGCGGGAGGUGUUCCAGAACGCCAAGUUUGUGGAGUUCCUGUCGCCGCAGGACGUCAGCGUGUUCCACAGCUUCACCACGCCCUACCGCCUGCCCUCCUGGAGCAUGUGCACUGGAGCAGAGUCCUCGCCUCCCGACUGCAUGCAGGAGAAGUCCUUCUUCUGCCGUAUCAGCGGGGGUAAGGAGCGUGCGGGGGACCUCCAGUACCUGCCCUUCCGCAUGACGCCGUACCUGAUGAAGGUCCAGGACAGCGGGCACCCGGAGGACCACCUCUGCUGCCUCCUGCUGGCCGAGCGCGUCCACUCCGGCUACGACGCUCCCAGAAUCCCCACAGACAAGCGCGUGUUCACCACCACACACACUCCGACCUGCGUGUUCCAGGACGUGGACGAGAGGGCAGUGCCUCUCCUGGGGUACCUCCCCCAGGACCUCAUCGGCACCGCGGUCCUGCUGCACCUCCACCCCGACGACCGGCAGGUCAUGCUGGGCAUCCACAGGAAAAUCCUGCAGUUUGGGGGCCAGCCCUUUGACCACUCUUCCAUCCGGUUCUGCGCCCAUAACGGGGAGUACAUCAUCCUGGACACCAGCUGGUCCAGCUUCGUCAACCCCUGGAGCCGCAAAGUGUCCUUCGUUAUCGGGAGGCACAAGGUCCGCAUUGGCCCUGUCAAUGAAGAUGUCUUCGUGGCUCCAGCCCCCAAGCCUGGAGAGACCAAGGCCAUAGACCCGGACGUCCCGGAGAUCACAGAGCAGAUCCAUCGGCUCCUCUUGCAGCCGGUUCACAACACUGGCACUACGGGCUACAGUAGCGUGAGCAGCGACGACCUCCACAUCAGCAUGUCCUCCCCAGGAGAGAGCGUGGGCCACAAGGUCCAGCCCGAGGCAGAGAGGGAGAGCAGCAUGGCCAAACCGCGUACCUUCCAGGAGAUCUGCAAGGGGCUUCACCGCAGGAAGAGCCAGGAGCAGCAGCUCUGCCUGGCUACCUCCACCGAGCCAGACGCCAGGAGACCCACCCCCACCGCCGCCACAGGCAGCAGCCUAGAUGGGCUCCAGAAGGCCGUGGCUGUGGUGCAGCCGAAGGACUCCACAGCCCCCCUCAGUUGGAGGGAUGCGGGUGCCGUCAUGGAGGUGAACCGGGCCUCCAUCCAGGAGGUGCCGGCCGUCAACGACCAGACUGUGUACUCCUACCAGCAGAUCAACUGUCUGGACAGCGUCAUCAGGUACUUGGACAGCUGCACCAGCCCCGUCACCAUGAAGAGGAAGUGUGAGUCCACCUCCCUCACCCUGUCCUCCAACUCAGAGGAGGACGAUCAGCAGAAGGACCACGUCUCCUGCCGGGCGUCUGGAGAACCGGCCGUGUUAAAGGAUCAGCCUGUUCAUCGUCCCUUGGGCGAUGCAGACAAAAAACCCAGUGAAUCGGCCCCAACCGUAGUGGGUGCCCCCCUCCCUUUGCCUGUGCCUGAUAAACCCGAGAGUGUGGUGUCCCUGACCAGCCAGUGUAGCUACAGUAGCACCAUUGUACAUGUAGGGGACAAGAAGCCCCAGCCAGAGUCGGAGAUCAUAGAGGAGAUGACCGACGGGCCCCAGACCCCGGGGCCACACACCAGCGCCGUGGGCGCCCCUCUCCAGGAGAGGGAGUCUUCCUACAAGAAGCUGGGGCUGACCAAGCAGGUGCUGGCGGCCCACACGCAGAAGGAGGAGCAGGCCUUCCUCUGCCGCAUCCGGGAGCUCCGCGGGGUCACCUCCUUCAAGGCCGACUGCUCGCACUACCUGGAGCGCCAGCGGGGGCACGUCGUCAGUGAUGCUGCGCCCGCCGCCCGGACCUCCCAGCAGCCCGGGGCCGCGCCGGGGGCCCGCCGCUACAAGAAGACCAAGUCCAAGCGCGUGAAGCAGAACGCGUCGUCGGACAGCACCGUGUCCCGCCACCGCCGGCAGCCGCGACGCGGCCCCCUGCUGCUCCCCCAGGGCCUGAACCAGACGUCCUGGUCGGCCUCCGAGACCUCCUUCUCCACGGCGUACCCGGCCGUGAUGCCCGGCGGCUACCCCGUGCAGGUCGGCCCCGGCGUGGACCCCUCGCUGGCGGGCUACGCCCUGGCCCCGUCCUACGCGCCCGCCCUCCGCCCCGCCCCGUACGAGGACCCCGUGGUGGCGCCCGUCCUGGCGCUCAUCCUCCCCAACUACCUCUUCCCUCAGAUGGGCGCGGCGGGCCCGCCCCCUCAGCAGCAGGCCUACUACCCGACGGGCCCCGCCGUCUACCCCCCCCCCCACCAGCCCCCCUUCCACCCCGGGGCCUUCGGGGAGCCGCGCCCCUACGGCGGGCCGCCCCCCUACGCGGUGCAGCCUCAGUACCCCCCGGGUCGCCCCUUCGCCCCGCGCGCGCCGGUGCACCAGCCCACCGCGUUCCCCUUCCCCCCGCCCGCCGCGCCGGACGCCUCCAGGGGCUCCUCCACGCCGGGGUCCCCCGGUUGGGGCCAGGAGCCGCCGCCGUCGCCGCUGAUCCAGUCCAGCUGCAGCUCCCCCCUGCAGCUCAACCUGCUGCAGCUGGAGGAGUGGCACCGGCCGCUGGAGUGGCAGGACGGAGCGGCGCUGCCCCCCUGUGGCCUGGGGGGCAACGGCAGCGAGCGGGAGAAAGGAAGGGGGGCAGAGAGGAAGGAGGAGCUUCAGCAGGCGAGUUCCCCUGGCGACGGUAACAACAGCGACGCCACCUCCUCGUCCAGCGACAUGAUGGACAUCUUCCUCCAGGAGGACUCCUGCUCGGCCACCUCGGGGUCCAUGGGCUCCGGCUCCAACGGCUGUGACACGUCCAACAGCGGAACGUCCAAGAGCCGGACCUCCAUGAGCAGGACGUCCCGGAGCCAGACGUCCGCCAGCGGGACCUCCGGCAGCGGCAUAGGGAGCAACGACAGCAGCCAAUACUUUGGCAGCGUGGACUCGUCUCAGACCAGCCAGAAAGCCAACGGCCAAUCAAACGACGGCGAGACCAGGGCCAUGGAGGGGGUACAGAGUGAGCACUUCAACAACGAUGUGCAGCGUGUGCUGAGGCAGGACCGGGACAAGCUCCGCCAGCUGCAGAAGAGCCAGCCCCACUUCAGUCAGGAGCAGCGGAGAGAGCUGAUGGAGGUCCACCCCUGGUUGAGAAGAGGCUGUCUGCCCAAGGCCGUAGACAUCAAGCUGUGCUCCUGCUGUAAGGACCCAGAGGAGGCCUCGACCCCCGCAGGACCGCCGUGCUCCGACGGCGUCAACACCCAGACCGAGAUAAGGGAGCUCAGCUACGUGAGGAAGCCCAGUGAGGGGUCCCAGUGCUCCGCGGGGCCUUCCUGCUCCCGCCUCUCUCCCGGCCCCCUGGCUCCUCCCACUGCCAGCUAGCCCCUCCCCACAGACCCUGAGACUCCGCCUUUUGGCUUUUGCCGCAUUCCGAUAACCCCGUUCCGAUUCCGAAGUUCGAAGGCUUACACAGCAGCACAUUGCAUCCUCAGACCAGGAAGUGCUUUAGAAGAAAUGUUUUUAUAUUUUCUUCACCAUGGACUGUCACUGUUGCGUCAGUGUUAUUUGAGCAUGUACACUGACACACUUUACUUAUUUGACGUCUCUGAAUAUGUCAAUCUAUAUUUUUAUACCGAAACGACUUCCUGCCUCAAAAGUAGAUUUAUAUCUGCCAACAGAUAGCACAAGAGGGACCAGUGUAUGAUGUUUUUAUAGAGCUGUAUAUGCCUCAGCACUGCUGCUGGCCUUCACACUGGACGACAUACUAAAGAGUAUUUAGUCCAGAGUGGGAAUGGCCUCGGAUGAGAUGCAUACAAAAUGCCUUCAUAGAAAACAGCUUGAAUUAAAAGAAUAAUAAAUAAUGGAACGCAGCAGCCAUUAUAAGCUAAGUGGUUUCCUUUGAGGUCCAACUGUUGCAGCGGAAGCUCUUUUUACCCUCCAUGUCAAGUGUGUGGCCACUUUUGAAGUGGAACUUUUAGGGUUAUUGCAUGGCAUAAAGCAAUUUAACCAGUUAUCAAAGGUCUUUUUUUUCUAGGCAUUGGCGACUGUGAAUCUUUGCACUGCCCAUUAGCCUGCACACAUGAGCCACAAUAUGCUGCUAUAUUGCAAAUUGUUCUGGUUUCUCUAUCUUUUUUUAUAUUUAAUAAAUUGCUGUUGUCGGAGAGGCACUUUAAAUA